CCGCUGUGCGACCGAAGCGCCCCUCUGGCUGCCCUUUCCUUGCAUUCCUGCCCGCCCGCCCACCACAAAGGGUUCAGUCAGCGCAGCCCCCGAACCACUGAUCUUUUUCAUUCCAAGCGCGCCUGCUUUUCCUCUUUCAACCGCCCCGAUUCUUUUUGGCCUAACCCCUCCCACAGCGCCUGUAACGACCACUCCACGCCGGAAGGGCCAAACAGGAAAUCCCCACAAAAGCACCUCGCCCGCAAAAGCAGUUAGGUCAAACACGCGCAACCAAUACAAUCCACCACAACACCAUGGCCUCUGAGAUCACCGACCACGACCAGAACGCGUCGCCCAGCGUCCACGACGACCUCACCAACAACGGCGCGCUCGUGCAGGGCGAUGCAAACCGUGGCACCAAGCGCCCGCGCCCGGCUCAGGACGACGACGAUGACGACGACGACAAGCCCGGUCGCGAGCGCCGCAAGAUCGAGAUCAAGUUCAUCCAGGACAAGUCGAGGAGGCACAUCACCUUCUCCAAGCGCAAGGCCGGAAUCAUGAAGAAGGCCUACGAACUAUCAGUCCUCACCGGCACCCAGGUGUUGCUGCUCGUCGUCUCUGAGACGGGUCUCGUGUACACAUUCACAACGCCCAAGCUGCAGCCGCUUGUCACGAAACCCGAGGGCAAGAACCUCAUCCAGGCCUGUUUGAACGCGCCAGAGCCCUCGACCGACAACUCAAACGGCGUCGACGACGGCCCAGUCGACUCUCCCGAAGACAGCCACGCCCAGGUCCCCGCUGGCCAGCCCCGUGGAAUGGCGCCCAGCGGCGGCAUGCCCGCGGCGUACAUGACCCCCGAAGCCGCCCUGCACUACCAGCAAUACCUCCAGCAACAGCAGCCGUCAACGCAGUACCCGGGAAUGCCCCAAGGCGGUAUGCCCCGCCACCCUGCACAGCACUACCCGCAGGACCAGAAGCUGAGCUGAAUUUGAUACAUCCGCUUCUGUCUUCACUUGGAGCAGACAGCACCGGCGGCGCAUCUCGGAUAUGGAUACCCCUACUAAUGGCGAAAAUAAUCAAAACUGCGGCUCGGCCGGUAUUCUGGUCUAGCCCGCAAUGGUCUGCAUAUGUAGGAACUGAUGGAGGUAUAUGAUGAGGGCAAUGUUGGGCGCUUGGGCUGUAGCGUUAGGUUUAUGGAUGCUGUACGGCUUUACGUGGAUAUGGCGAGGAGUUUUCCUACUAUCACCUACUGGACCUGUUCAGUAACUUGUCUGUCACCCGCUUUCCUACAACAUCGAUAUCUCUGCAGCUUGUUUCACGAUAUCUUAUGUACUUUCGAGUCCCCUCACAGCAUCACCAAUCGUACAAAACUCGUAAUCAUGCUC